UUUGCACAUAAGCCUUUGUAGGCAGCACGCGGAAUCCUUGAGGCUCGCACAUACUGUGCGCCCGCGCUCCUUCAGUGCACAGGGUAACGAUGAGACGGUAAUAGGUCCGCGAUAUAUCUCAUUUCGUGAUCUCAACGGACAAUUUUUUGAAUAAUAGUGUGACAGUGUGAAAUAUUUAUUCGCAAAAUGGGCUUAGAUUUCUUGGAACAUGGAGCCGAUUUUGAGGCGGCUAUAUCUGCCACUGGCUUCGGUCGGUUUCAUUUCUGCUUGCUGGCGGUGACGGGGCUAAUCUAUGCAAACACAGCCAUCGGUAUCACCAUAAUAUCAUUCGUACUGCCAGCUGCAACAUGUGACUUCCGAAUGACGUCCGAAGACAAAGGCUGGCUUACUGCAGCGCCUAUGUUGGGUAUGGUUAUUGGUUCUUAUUUCUGGGGUUGCUUGGCCGACACCAAAGGCCGUAAGGUGGUGUUGGUUUCCACGCUACUCAUUGAUGGAUUCGUAGGAAUUAUAUCGUCCUUCGUCCAGAUCUUACCAAUCUUUAUGGCUUGCCGAUUCGUCAACGGUUUCUCAGUUGCCGGUGCCAUGGGUAUUUGCUUCCCAUAUUUGGGUGAAUUCCAACAAACAAAAUACAGAGAGAAAAUCCUCUGCUGGAUGGAAAUGUUUUGGACUUUGGGAGUCAUCUUGUUACCGCUGAUAGCUUGGGGAAUUAUCCCUAUUACGGGUAUUAGAAUGGAAAGUGGCGCUUUCUCAUACGAUUCUUGGAAUUGGUUCGUCUCCGCUUGCGGAGUGCCUUCCCUACUACUUGGUUUCUGGCUCCUUACCUUCCCCGAAAGUCCUAAGUUCAUGAUGGAAUGCGGAGACUACGACGACGCCUUGUCGGUCCUAAAAGAUAUUUACAGACAGAACACCGGCGAUGACCCUGACAACUAUCCCAUCAAAAGCCUGAAGGAGAAAGUGAGAACCGUGUCAGUGGCAUCGCAAAGCUCUCAGAAAUCUGUCCGUAGCCUAAGUAUGCGCAAACGCAAAGACCUCAAGAGGUUGUUCAGCGAAAUUUGGGUACAGACAAAAGCACUAUGCAGACCCCCUUACCUCAAAUACACAAUACUCACAUGUGUCAUCCAGUUCGGUCUGACUACCAGUUACUACACUCUCAUGAUCUGGUUCCCUGAAUUGUUCAAUCGGUACGAAGAGUUCGAGACCCGUUUCCCCAACACGACUGCUUCUGUUUGCGACGUGUCUGGCAUCGUAGUAGCAGACGGGGAGAACUCGGAUCCCUUUGAUUGUCUCAAAACCAUUGACCAAAGCGUGUACAUGCAUACCCUCAUUGUUGGUCUGGCCUGUAUACCUACUUCGCUGUGGCUCCCACUAUGUGUGCACAAACUUGGAGCCAAAUUCUUCCUGAUUUUCAGUUUGGGUUUCGCCGGCGUGGUGACUGUCGGCUUAUACUUCGUCCAGAACUCUACACAGAACUUGGUGCUCUCCUGUAUAUUCGAAGCCCUUACCUCGCUCGCUAUCAGUUUGGUCUUCUGCGUGCUUGUCGAUUUAUUCCCUACGAAUCUUAGGGUAAUGGCUGCCGCGCUCUCCUUGACGGCCGGUCGAGGCGGCGGUCUAAUCGGCAACUUGUCUUUCGGCUACCUCAUCGACAUUAACUGCGUCGUGCCAAUCGUCGUCUUCUCGGCAUUCCUAUUUAUUGCUGCUAUACUCUGCUUCUUCUUGCCAAAGACAGGACAAGAAGCCCUAGACUAAACCGAAGCCAAACUAGAUAGUGUAAUUAGACUGUAUGCAACGCGUAGUAACAAAUUUCGAUGUGGUUGUACAUAUCUUAUGUAAUGUAAAUAUUGAGGACUAAGUAUUUAUUAAUGAGAACACAGACCAAUGAACUAUAUUUUUGGAUAAUCUUUCAAUAUUCCGUUGUACGAAUAUGGUGAUUUAUUUAUCAGUUAUGCCCGUUUUCAAACCGGCUAUUGUGGUGCAGUAUACUGUUGUAAGCGAGAUUCAAAUAUAAAACUAGUAUUUUAGAGAUGACUGUGUAAUAUAUGAAAUGCCUUAAAUUAUUAUAAUAUUAUUAUUAAAGGUUUAUUAUUUGCCUUA